UUUUCACAAUUACUCUCUGUAAACAAAGAAAGGAAGUGGCAAAAGGUUCUAGACAACAUCACUACAAAAGUAAGCUAAAAUUUAUCUAGGCAAUUGGUCUGACAGGUUUUAAGAAUGUCUGAAGAGCUACACAAGAGAAUAGCUUUGAUUGCUUAACCAACAUACGCAGACCCAACGAACAUUGUGAGCGCUGAAAUGAACAAAGGAAUAAAUGAGCAAUAGGUCAAAGUUCAGGCUAACGAUUGCGCAAACCUAAUUUGAAUUAUAAGAACAGUAUCUUGCUGUUAAGAAAUAGCCUUACAUUUCCGCCGCCUCUCAGUUACCGGAACUAUAACGUAAAACAAGAAAUUAAAAAAUUCGAAAUUAAACAACACAAGGGGAGUUAAGAUGAAAUUGUCAACGUGAAACACUCGACCUUAACGACUUAAUAUUUUGAAUUGUAUUGAAAGUUGUCCUUAGUUUAUCCGGCGUAACAUGGAACAUAUUGAAGCGACUAGUGUGAUUAAGUCAAAACCAACACUAAAUGAUGUUUGUGAAACACCUGUUUUACUGAACGGGAAAUCAGAGCCAGCCAACUGCGAUGAAAAGGAAUACGACCCCAUUUACGACAUUGCUAUUCAGUUCGCGACAACUCACGGCUACAGUUUUGUGGUCUUUGAAGAUGAUCAGAUAAAACGUAUUAGAAAGACAACGCAAAGACGUCACAAAAUCUCUCCACGAUGCUCCGAAAGAAAACCUCGCAAUGCAAUGCUGCCUCGCGGACCAACAGAGCAUGACCGUAAAGCACCAGUUCAUGCUGUUCGGUAUGCCGCCAACAUCGGGAAUCGGUGCAGGAGGAGGUGCCACGAUGAGACGAGCCUCGUUUUGGAAUCGGUAGUCAACGACAUGAAGCUUAUAGAGUCGGCCAAGAAAGACAUUGAUAUGGUGAAGAUAGUCAACAGCAACCUUAGCAAGCUGGAUGUUAUCCUACCCGGCACCGAGAAGCCCUCACCCACUUUAUCGUUCAAACAGCAAAAACCUCAAAAGCGCAGGUCUAGCAGCCGGAGCUCUCGUUUCAUUUCCGGUAUCUCUCCAAACAGAACGUCUGCUUCAUCGACAUUGAAGGCAAGCGUGUCCCAACAGAGCCUCGAGUCCCCUCGGGAUGAAUGUAAAGGAAUCGUUCGAGUUAGCAAUACAACUGAGGCCAUCUUGUCGUCUGCGCCGCUUGAAGAUUUUAAAGAAUACCUAAGCGACAUGUGCGUGAAAAUUUUUCAAGACCAGCCAGACCUCAGUCCGAGCGCCGAAAAACCAAUCACAGAGGCGCCCAGCAUAAGGACAACUGCGGAGGGAGACAUUGGCGCAGCAGAAGGAGGCACUUGCGCCUUAGAAAAAAGUCCGAACCUGGGAGCGUGCCCUUCACCAGGAAGACCUGCUAAUCUAAAGUUAAAAUCAAAGAAGUCAGAUUCUCAAAAUUUUGAGUUCUUGAAAAAAUACUACGCAAGACAGGUAAAAAAGUCUGAGGAAAAUCAAAGUUUGAAUAACGCGCCCAACGAUGAGACGGGAGCUUCUAAUUUGAUGCCGACAGACGUUCUUGGGAAGGAUGAAAUCGACUCUUCGAUACUAGGCACACCCUCCCCUCGCCAACAAAGAGAUCAUAAACCAAAUCUGUACAGGGUAUGUAACUCUAUCUCAGAUACUGUAUUUCAUGAGACCAUUUUGGCCUUAAAAUCGACAUGGAACCCUUGUGGAAAAAGUACGUUGCCUGUGGCCAAAAUUGAUUUUGUAAGAGUUAAAAAUAAAUCUUUGAAAAUGAAGUCUCUUACCAUGAUUGGAGAUCAAGACAUCUACCAAUCGCUAGGUCGACAUCUUCACCAUGUACCCAGGACUUUGAAGUUUUCUUGUAGUAUCAUUCGCAGUCCGCCCAUCACUCGCAUUCGAUGCAACCCUCACCUUCGCCUGGGAAAGCCGAGGGCGUACUCCGAGUACCCUUGUUGCGUCCAUACCUUUGAAAGUUGUCACAAUUUUUCCUUGUACCAGUCUGGGAGUGCUCGAAAGAUGUCCGGAACGUUGACCCCUUCAAAUGCUCAAAGGGAAACCAUUUUCCCCAUGCAUUCUGAAGCCCUAGGGGAAACACGCCAACUAGAUUCAGACCCAGCCGCUGAUAACUCAAAGGAGACCAAAAAAGACUUCGGCGCAAGAGACAUGAUAUGCGCACCGGAAGCGGGUCUCUCUCUUCCUGAACCUAUUCUGAGUGGAGUUUUAGAUGAGCCCAAGGGAGACAAGCAGGACUUGCAAGUUUCUUCUCUAACAGUUGAUCCAGCAGACAGCCCUGCACAGUGUCACGGGGUAGAUGGGAAAACAGAAGUAAAUGAACUCCAAAAAAACUAGCAAGGAUUUGGCGAAGAGCUAUAAGAAAGCUUUGUAGUCCCAGAAAUUGUAGCAAUGGGUUCACCAAUAGCUGCGCUACUGAUUUUAAAAAUGAACCAUUUCUAUUAACUAUCGUAUCAAUUACGAUAUUGAAAUUAUAUUGUAAACUUACCAAUAUAAGUAAAAAAAAAAAACUAGCAUGCUGUUGAAGCGUGAGUUUUGACAAAAAAAACUCUUAUGAAAGAAUGAAUUGUAACAGACUCGUGAUAUAAAGUCAAAAUUUAAAAAACAAAAUGUACACACACACAAAAGUGGUGAGAAUCAGAAUGUCAUUCUAUUUGAUCUGACAGUUGACUCUACAAUUAAUUUUAGAAACCGCAGCUUAUGAAAUGUAAUUCCAGACCUGCACUGCAUUUUUACCUAUACACACAAUAAAUAAAGACACGCGCUACAUGUUUUGUAUGUUA